AUGAGAAAGAUUAUCACAGUUGCUCAUAUUCAGUACGAUUUUGAAGCAGUCCUGGAAGAGGAGCAUGAAUAUAAUGAUGAGUUUUAUGUUAAUGUUGACAAAAACCUAAAUGAAAUUAAGGAGCAUAAGAUAGUAGUAUUAGCAAAUAGCAAGGGCGUAGAUGCAGGCGAGGGAAAUGCGUUUGAAAAGAUUGACUUCCAUUUAUACAAGGCGCGGUUGGAUGGGCAUGAUUUUUUAUUCAAUACUAUCAAAAGAGAUUGUUCAAAGGUGCUCAAGAGUGCUGAUUAUACUGCCGUAGAUACGACUGAAAUCCAAAUGAGACGGUUUACAUUAGGCACUACAGAAGGUGAUAUUAAAGUAUUGGAUUCGAAUUUCAACCUAGAGAGAGAAAUUAGUCAAGCUCACGUUGGUGAAAUAACAAAACUGAAGUUUUUCCCAAGCGGUGAAGCUUUGAUAUCUAGUUCACAGGAUAUGCAAUUAAAGAUUUGGUCAGUGAGAGACGGCGUAAAUCCUCGUACGCUAAUUGGACACAAGGCAACAGUCACAGAUAUUGCCAUAAUAGACCGAGGAAGGAAUGUACUUUCUGCCUCCUUGGAUGGUACAAUUCGCCUAUGGGAAUGCGGCACAGCAACGACAAUCCACACAUUCAAUAGAAAAGAAAAUCCAUACGAUGGUGUGAACAGCAUAGCUUUGUUCGCGGAGACAGAGAAGCAAUUUUCCGAUAUAUCUACUCCCAAGAAAGAUAAUCUAGAGUUUGGAACACAUGGAAAACAUGUUAUUGCUGGUCACGUUUCUGGUGUUAUUACUGUAUAUAAUGUAUUUUCCAAAGAGCAAACUAUUCAACUCCCAAGCAAGUUCACAUGUUCAUGUAAUACAUUGGCGGUCGACAUGAAUAAUGCAAACUAUGUUUAUGCCGGAUAUGAGAAUGGAAUGUUAGCUCAGUGGGAUCUAAGAUCACCAGAAUGCCCAGUUGAUGAAUUUCUUAUUAAUGAGGGCACCCCAAUAACCAAUGUCUACUUUGCGGCUGGAGCCUUGUUUGUCUCUUCCGGGCUCGACACCAGUAUUAAGCUUGACAUUAUUUCAGACCCAAAAAGUGAACGACCCGUUGUUGGAUUUGAGACACCCACCUUUUUAGUUUCCAAUGACGAUGAGGUCAGCCAAUUCUGUCAUCUUCCCCAUAAUGAAUCAAGGGGGGAAGUGAUUGAGGUUGGAAAAUACAACUUUUGCGCUUUGUAUAAUUUAAGUAAUCCUUAG